AUGAGUACCACAAUCGCUAGACGAAUAAUAUUGCACGGUAGAAAUUUAAAUAUUCUGACAGCUAAUUCUCGGCUACAACGAAAGAGAGUGAAGAAUAAACGUCAAAAAAAAGGAAAAAAACAUAAAUCAAAAUGUAACAAAGUGUCAAAUGAUGAUAUAUGCAAUGAGGGUUACAGAGAAAAUGAAAUUAGUAUUCACAAAUUAAAUGACGACUGUCUGAUGUACAUUUUUAGCCAUUUGCCAGUUAUAGAUAGGAUCAGAAUAGAAAAAGUGUGCAAGAGAUGGAAAGCAUUAAUUAAAAAAUCCUGGUAUAAUGUGAAAAGACUGGAUUUGCAGGAUUCUAUGUGGGGCUCUUUAGCUGACAGAAACAGAAGAGGAAUUAGUUUCUAUAUGCUUCAUAAAAUAUUAUUCCGAUGUGGUUCAUAUUUAAAUGAAGUAGAUUUGUCCUUUGUGCCGUAUCGUUUACAUUACAAUACAUUACAACAUUUUGAAGCCUAUCGUACUCCUAUAACCGGAAGGUGCUUAUUGCAUUUACCAACAGACAGAAUAGAAGAAGUCGUUCUAGACUGUUGUCAAUAUCUUGAAGAAUACUUUGUAUUGGAGGCAAUUAAGAAACUACAAAGAAUGAAGGCGUUUACGAUAAAUAGAUGUAAAUGUAUAUCCGGUAACUUGUUUCGAUUCCUCGGCACACAUUGUAAGAAUUUGGAAACUUUAAAAAUUUGUCAAAUUCCAUCUACAUCAUAUUUCCAAUCGACAGACACAUUUCAUAUUGCGCUAUUAUCCAAUCUCAAAGCUCUAACAGUCAGUGAGAACAAAAUAAUUACGGACGAAUUUCUUUUUAGUCUGGUAACGACAUGCCACAACCUCACAUAUUUAGACAUUUCCAGAUGUUAUGGUAUUUCAAACUAUGGUAUGACCGCUAUAACAACCGUUCCCUCGUUAGAAGUGUUAAUAAUGAACGAUAUGCCAAGAGUGACUAAAGUGCAUCUAUCUGAGGCAUCCAAUUUCAAAAGAAUAGAAUGUCGCAAUUCGCAAUUUAUGGAUAGUGUGAUAAUUAAUCUUAUUAAAUUCGCGCCGCAAUUGAGGGUGUUAGAUUUAUCAGAGUCCCCAUCUAUUACUACUAGAACAUUAGAGGAAGCUGCCAGGAUUACGGCCAGUCGAACCAACAGUAUUAUUUUAAAAAUAUUCGUAGGCGGUACCUCAGUGGAUCUUAGGACUUUUAAUAACGUAUCACCGUUUUUACAAAUAGUAACAUUUCCACUUUUACUGUAA